AGAUGCAGCCCAUGCAGCCUGCUCCACAGAGUGCGAAUGGCAUUCAGUAUGGACCGCAGGAGUUCGAAUUUUAUCAGCAACUCUUUGCCAUCGCCAGCCCAGACGGUCGGGAUGCUCUGGAUCCAAACGUUGCUGCCAAUUUCUUGGCAGCGAGCCAACUUUCACAGGAAGUGCUUCACCAAAUCUGGCAUUUUGCUACAUCUCUGCAAAGCUAUACCCAGCAGUAUUUGACCACCGAAGGCUUCUUCAUUGCCUGUCGUUUGGUGGCCUGGGCCCAAAAUGGUGGCCUUCCUAUGGACAUGGUCCAUGCCCAUCAGCCGCCCCCCUUGCUGCCCGAGUUUCCGGGACUUCAGCAGCCGCCAUCCUCGAUGGGAUCGCCUCCACAAAGUAUGGGAGGUAGCGAGGUAUCGGACAUGCAACCAGUGAUUCGUCUCCAGCAGGCAGCCCCAUCACCACGGGGCCGAUCCCCCUCGCCACGGAGAAGCUUCACGGCAGAGCGCUGGGCUCCUUCCAGGAGAGAAAAGCGAAAAUACGCCUCCUUGUUUAAAAGGACCGAUUGGGAUCAGGAUGGCUUCAUCCAGGGCCCUGAAGCCUGGCAGUUGCUGGAACGCUCGCGAUUGGAUCCCCAAACCCUCCAGCAGAUUUUCGAGCUGGCGGAUGGAAGGUCCCGAGAUGGCAAGUUGGACUUUCGGGAGUUCGUGUGCAUGGUGCACCUGGUGACCUGUCUGUUGCGAGGAGCGCGGCUGAAUCCGCAGGGCUUGGAGCCUCAGCUGCAGCAAGCCCUGAUGCAACUGGAGCCCUUGGAGCUGUUAGCCUCCGAGCGAGAAGCCAGCCGCAGCAGGAGUGCCUCACCAAUUCCACCUGUGGCGACGGAAGAAGUUCCACAAACGCAAGCAUUCUCGGAGGUUCCAGACUUCCAGAGUGCAUGGAACCCUGGUGGUGGAGCACCGGAUGGGGCCUUCCCCUCAGAUUUUCCGCAAGACUUCGGGGACUUAGGGACCCAAAACUUUGGCGACUUCCAAGAUGGUCAAGAUGGCCAAGAUCUUGGCCAGGGUUUUGGAGGUGACUGGCCAGAUUCUGGUGAAGGAGAACGGGAAAAGAGCAAAAAAGACAAAAAGGAGAAGAAAAAGAAGGAUAAGAAAGACAAGGACAAAGAGCAGGACAAAGGCAUGGAUGCCAUGGAUGCCAUGGAUGCCAUGAAUGCCUUUGGUGCGCCCACAGAUUUUGGCCUGGGCUCUUUCCAACCAGACCCGCUAGCUGCUGGGGAUUCUUGGGGCAUGGAAGCUCCGCAGUUUGAUGAUCCCUUUCGAACUGCAGAAUUUGAAGAUGUGGCGGGCUUUCCUGAGAAUGAGAAGGUACGACAUCUUCGCUCCGUGGUGGCUACUGACAGGGCUUUGGCUCAUGAACUUCGUCGCGAGGUUGACCAUUUGGAUAAAAACCUCCGGCAGUUGCAAGAGACUGAUGUGAAGCUGGAGCAACUCCUCUCAAAGGAUGCCCAGGAAGUUCAGAUGCUUCAUGCACACAAGCAAGCCUUGGAAAGGGAUUUGGAAGAUGAAAAGCAACGCUUGGCGCAACUGCGCGAGGCACGCAACAGUGCGAACCAUGAAAGUCUGGCCUUGAGACGUGAUCGCAAGCAUUUGAUUGCAGAGCUUCGAUUCUUACGGCAUAUGGCUGAAGAAGAAGAAGGAUUGAUCCUGGUGCUUCAGAAUUCCAAUCAAUAUUUGGAAGCUUCUCGUGGAACCUUAGAAGCGAGUUCCGCCGCAUUGGCCAAGAUCUCUGCGGAGCCACUGAGAGAUUUUUUGGUCUCGCACGCUCUUUCCAACUUUUCUCUUCCAGAGUUGCAGAAUCAAAUUUCCACAGAGAAGGACCAGCUGCAGCUGGACUCUCAGCGUUGUGCCGAGCUGCGCACGCAGCUGGUGCAGUUGCAACGCACGGAGCCUGCCGCUUCGAAGGCCGGGCCGGCAGCGCCGGUAGCGCUGGUCGCGGUGCCACUGGGACCCAGGGCGAGUCCAGUGGUCAUGGGGCACCGGGAAGGGGUGUAGAAGGGAUGAAGGUUGAUGAUCAUAUCCGACACCCCUUAGCAUUCAUUCAUAUUCAUUCACCCAAUUUCAC